AUGCCCACCCCAAUUGUGAGCGAAACGUCCAAAGGAACCUCCUCCACAGAGCCACCACAAACAAAAAAAGGUGAAAAACCCCCACCCAUCAUCUUUGACGGCAUCCUGAGAGACCGAAAGGAAAUCAUCCCCCUCAUUAAGUCUCUCACAGUGAAAAAAUUCUAUUUCAAGUAUGGAAAUGAAAGCACCUUGCUAUACACGGAAUCUACUGAGGAUUUCGAAAAUGUCAAAAGGAGGCUCAAGGAAGACGAGGUAUCCUUCUAUACAUAUGCCCUCAAGAAGGACAAAACACACGCAUUCGUGCUGAGGGGCCUGGACUUUGAGCCUGAGCCCUCCGAGAUCAUUGAAGAAAUGGAACAAGAACAUAAAAUCAAGGUCAAGGAGGUCUACAGGCUUAACACGCGGUAUAGGCCUCUCUACCUGUAUUUCUGGUUCAAUGGUCACAUGGACAACACCGCUCAUGUCGAAACGCCUGACAAAGCUGUAAAAUCACUCGUUUGCAAGAAUUUUUAUUUCACUGGGCAACAUUGCGGUAGUCAACGUGGACUUGAUAUCUGCUGUCAACUCCGAAUAGGCGUUCCCCAACAGAAUUGA